AUGGUCAUUGAUCUUACAAAAGAUUCCCCUUCAGAAGAUGAACUUAAUCGUGAUGUUAAACCUGAAAUCUUGACCUCAUUUCAAGAUGAAGGGUUCAAUUUGCUCCAGCAGUUCACGCGUCCGAGGCCGCGGUUGAGAACGAGUGCGAGCGUGGAAAUAGCUUUGAAUGCGAGGAACAGCACAGAGUCGAUGGAUGGCGUUAUGUUGAAUGGCCAGAAUGUCGCGGUGUUGAACAACGAACCCUCCCCUCUUCAUUUCGCUGUUGUCGUACCGUCGAUCUCCAGUAGCGACACAAGUAACAAGAAACGUCGCCUGAGUUCUGAAAACCACCUCAGCUCCCCAGUUAAUGGGGUUCUCGGUUUUCCUAUCCACCAUGGUCUAUCGCCCUUUUAUUCAGUAGAAGGGAACAUCAAGGGGGAAACCUACCAACCCAAGCAGUGGGUCGACAGGCGCAAUAUUCGAAUCAAACAGCCCACAGUGCUGUAUCGCCCCGGUCGACCCAAUCACACAAGUGAAUAUCUCCUAUCUCUAUACUCGAAAAAGUUACGCAAGAUUAAAGGACCUAAUGUGGCUCUAAACAUUAAGGCCUCAGACGCUUCAGAACUUGACUUCAACGUUGAGUUCAUCAAUGAAUAUAAGCUUCAGCAUGGGGUUGCUCGUGUUGAGCCAGAUUUCCAUACAGGCUGUCGAUGUGAUGAUAAGUGUGAUUUGCACAAAUGCGAUCAUCUCUCAUAUGAGGAGGAAUCGGAAGAUCGCAUUGUGCCUUAUCAGAUGGGUCGGGGUGGAAUGAUUGUCCUCAGACAGGAUUUCCUUAAACGAAGGGCUAUGAUAUAUGAAUGCUCCCGGCUUUGUCCUUGUAUGCCGGGUUGUUGGAACCAGGUCGUUCAAAAAGGACGAACUGUCAAAUUAGAAAUAUUUCGUACAUCGAACCGUGGCUUCGGCCUACGCUCCCCGGAAAGUAUACAAUCAGGUCAAUACAUUGACAGGUACCUAGGCGAGGUAAUAACCAAAAAGGAGGCCGAUGCUCGCGAAGCUGCUGCAGGGGAUCCAGCGAGUUACCUUUUUCAACUUGACUUCUUCCAAGAGGAUGAUGAAUGUUACAUUGUUGACGGAAAAAAGUACGGGUCUAUUACGCGCUUUAUGAACCAUUCCUGCAACCCUAAUUGCAAGAUGUUCCCGGUCUCCCAAUAUGACGCUGAGCAGAAGAUAUUCGACAUGGCUUUCUUUGCUAUAAAAGAUAUUCCUGCGGGAACCGAGCUUAGCUUCGAUUACUGCCCCAACUAUAGUAUAGAGAGUUCAAGAUAUAGUGACCCUCAAGAUGUUCCAUGCUUGUGUGGUGAGCCGAACUGCCGUCGUAAACUGUGGCCAAACCAGCGGAAAACUAUGCAGCCCGAAGUGGAGUGAGUUGCUUUAUUCUUUUUGUCUGUACCCCUCCCUCUAUUCCGGAAUAAUUUGCAUUAUGCAUACUGCACCACUCACAUUCUCCCUAUUGCAUGAAAAGAUGCUCGCUUCAGGACAAUUUUUGUGCCCAUUCCACUGUCAUUUCUUUUUUGUUUUAUUGUUCUACUUUGGUUGAGAUUUCGUUUUGAUUUAUUCCAGAUAUCCAGCUUCCGGUUUCCAGUCUUUCUUAGAUGGUUUAUUUUACCUUGUGAUUUUAUUUUUGUAUUCUUUCCCUUUGUUUAGUUUCCUCUCCGAUGCCUUUCAUGCUUGAAUUUUUAUUCAUUGCAGAUGCGAUUGCGGUAUGAAUGCUCGGCACUACAUCUACUUCUAAUUUCUGAAUUGACUCUCUUGUGUCUAUACCGGGGAUGCUUCGGAUUACCAUUGAUUGUUUUCCCCUUUUCUUACUCCUAUCGUUCUAGAACAUAUUGAGCACCAGGUCAACUAGUUAUCUAGAUACCCCUCUUUGCAUUGAUGAAGCAGAGCAUGUGAAGUUCCAGUUCUGCCUUCUUACUCCUUUGACUUCUGCCUUAUUAAAGAGUUUAUUAC